AUGCUGAGGUCAAUCAGCAGGCUCGCAAAACCGCGGGUCUCAGCUAAGAAGGAUGGACUUACACGGACCAGCUUAGCAAAAAGCUAUUCAACUGAGACACCACAGGAAACACCUUCACUUGAACCAGAUGAGGAGGCACUUCAGGAGGCAUUUGAGCAAGUGCGAAUGUUCAUAGCAGUCACCGAAGAACGAGAGAAGUCGGCAGCUGAGAAAGCACGGAUUAGGUCAGUUGUUGAAAAAGCAAGACUACAAAGGCAAGCAAUUGAAGCAAACAAAACUACCAAAGUGACAACCCUCAGGACGACUACCUUCAAAGGAGUUGCCAUUAAAAGAGCUGCUGUCAAAGUCACUGCCACCAAAGGCGUUGCCACCAGAAACAUCCCUAUUAGAAGUGUUCCCAUCAAACCGACCACACUGAAAGAUGCUGCUAUAAAUAAUGCCCCUGCCAAUGCUGCCAUUGCGAAGGAUACCACCGCAAAUAAUGUCAUUGCGAAAGACGCUACUACGACAAGCAUUGCUACAAAAGAUACUGCAGUGAAGAAUUCCACUACAGAGGCAACCGUUGCGGGGGAUGCCACGACAAACAUUAUCAUUGCGAAGGAUAUUGUUAUGAAGAAUAACACAAAAAAGACUACCAUUUCAAAGGAUAAAUCUACAAAGAAAGUCAUUACGAAAGAUGCCGUUAUGAAAAAGGCAGCGACCAAUGUUACCUCCACCGAAGAUGUUACUGCGAAAGAUACCACUACUGCCGCAGAUGAUGCCACAGCUGCAAAGGUUGGGUCUUCUUGGACUUUCAGGAGUUCUAGACCUAUUGGAGUGGCCAACAAACUCACUCCCAACAGGAUCAGGCAACAAGCACAUACAAAGUCAAAAAUAUCGCGGAAAAGGUCACGAAACGGAAUACCGUCAUCGAAUGAACCUCCAUCGGAACCGCCAUUACUGUCGGAAUUGUCAGAGCUGACAUUUCGGCCAGACCCAUCACCAGUUGAGGAAGAACCAAGAGACGAAGAGUCGACAAGAAAACCAUUGCCAAAGCAAGAGCCAUUGACAGAAGACAACUACUGGCGACUGAGAAAAGAAAAUCACUCUGAACAUGAUCUCAAAAAUUUGCAUAGGCUGAGAAGCAUGUCAAAGGAAGAGAGGAACAAAUACAUCAAAGAGACGUACGGCUGGUCAUUUGAAGUCCCUUACUCGAGGGAGUUAUACUACGACCCCGGGAAUCGUAGAAGUAAUCCCAUACUGCAUAGGCGAUUUGUUGCACUCCAACAACUUCGUUUGAUCAUGGGUUACAGUACUACGACAAAUUUCAAGCAGGACUGGCUGGAAGAGAUGCCAUACCGAUUGAGGAAGACUAGCAUGAGGGAUGUAAGGCUCAUCUGCAUUGACACUGACAGGGUACGAAGACUGCCAUAUACGCUCAAAGGCGAGACCAAGAGACGUGUCACGUCUUUUCAUCUUGGCGUAUCAAUUCUCGAUACCAGGGACAUUCGGGACGUUGUAUUGCGCUCGAUCAACUUACCAAACCCGGCGGAUCUUAUCAGGACAUAUGAGUUUGCGGUUCAAACCGAAGUCCCUGAACCAGACAAUUUUAUCUUCGGAGAGACACAGACGAUAUCUCUGGAUGGCAUCAAGAAGAAAUUCGUUGAAUGGCAGCACGACAGAACUGUGAUUGGCGUCGCAUACUCAGCUCGUAACGAUUACAUCAUCUUACGAGACUUUGGCGUCUUUUUUGACCAUAUUUACUGGCUCGACCUUUGCCUGGCGACGUAUCUCAUCAUUCAACAGCCCCAGGCACCUUCCCUCCGCGUACUGCUAGAACUAUUGGGCAUUCGGUACUCCAAGUUACAUUCAGCCGGUAACGAUGCUCAUUUUACAAUGCGAGCUUUGUUGGGGUUGGCAGUUCUCGAUGUGACAAACGAGUUACAGCAUGGCGGAUAUCUCCAGCCCUGGUACCACCUGGCCGCGAGGAUCGCAAAGGCUCCGCUGCCACUAACAGAACUAGAGGAACUGAGACAAAAGGAAAGAAAAAUGGCCGAAGUGAGAUCGGCCACAACAAAUUGGGACAGAAAAGAGAAGUUGAGCAACACCCCGUUGCCGUACCCUAGUCAAGAUUGA